AUGACUACUUUGGCGCCACGUAGUAAGAAUAAGACAAGACAACUGACCGCGCCCUUCGAGGAUGAUGAGAACCCCUGGAUGAAAAAAUACUGUUGCCAAUGUAAAUCAUGUAAAAUGAGUAUACCCAUUCAGCCUUGGUUGCCAAGGUUUUUCAUUUUUGGCGUUUUGUGUCCCAUUUUCUGGUUAGUCAAUCUCUCAAUUUGGUGGUUUGUACAGUUUUGGCAACCGCAUGAAUUAGAAUUUCACGACUUGCAGGAAGACGAAUACCCAGGAUUUUACGAAUGUGAAAUCAUAGCGAAAAGAUCGGUUAUGCCCAUAAAGGAAGAAGUCAUCCAAGAAAUUCACACCAUCCAAGAUCUCAGUGAUAGCAAUAGCGAAGACUAUAAGAAUGACGGAGAGAACGAUACGCCGCCGUCUUUCUUAAAGCUACACGCGGAACAAGUCGAGAACGAAGAGGACACCCUGAAGAAAUAUCGUUACGAGUUUUUGAAGAAGAUAGCUCAUGAUGUCUUGGAGUCGCACGAUAUGUUACGUAAGAGCUUUCGCAACUGGAAUCUACGGUCUUUGCUUGGCCUUGUCAUUGACAUUAUACUAGUAAUAUUUAUAGCCCUUCUAUGUAAGAAAACCGGUUAG